AUGUCCAUCUCUAAAGCCCUCGUCUUCGACAUCGGAGAUGUUCUCUACGGCUGGGAAGCGCCUCCACUCGGGACGACCAACAUCCCACCAAAAAUGCUGCAAGCCAUGAUCGCAACUCCAAUCUGGGCCGACCAUGACAUCGGCAAGUUCAAUGAGACCGCCUGCUUCGCCAAGCUUGCUGAAGAAUUUGAUCGAAGUCCCGCUGAGGUCGAUCUCGCCUUUGCUAUGAUUCGUGAUGGGCUCCAGUUGAACAAAGCCUUGGCCGACCUCCUCCGAGAUGAUGGGAUGGAUUGGAAUCUGUUCAAGGAGAGUUUCGUUUCCGGAGAGGCGGGGUUGCGAAAGCCAGAUGCUGCGUUCUAUACACUUGUCCUGCAAAGGAUUGGGCUUCCGGCUGAGAACAUAUUCUUUGUCGAUGAUAAGGCAAAUAAUGUGGAUGCGGCUCGGGCAUUGGGAAUCCAAGGCGUGGUUUACACGAGUAUGGAGAAGUUGGAGCACGCCAUUCGAGACUUCUUGGGGUAA